AUGACUUGUACAUGUCAAGUGUUUAGUAUUGAUAAGAUCCCCUGUAAGCAUGCUGCUAAAGCUGCAAAAAGUCGAGGCAUAGACCCUGGGUUAUAUGUACAUCCGUACUACUCAAAGUCAUACUUGUGUGCUGCAUAUUCAGAGAGCAUAAGACCUGUAGGUGAUAUUUCAGAAUUGAGCGAAAUACCUGCUGAUAUUGUUGGUCAGAUAUGCUUACCUCCAGAUGUCCGAAGGAAACCAGAAAGACCCGUUGUGGUGCUUGACGAGAGAGGCCGUGACAUUAACUCAGAGCAGAUGGCUGAUUUACUAGGCGAUGCAGGAAAUAGUGGAGCUUCAAGGAUAUCGUUUUGUAUAGGUGGACCUUAUGGACAUGGAAGAUAAGUGAGGAAGCGAGCUAAUGUGACCAUUAGACUUUCCUCCAUGGUUCUGAAUCAUCAGAUAGCUCUUGUGGUCUUGAUGGAACAGCUUUACAGGUCAUGGACUAUUCUCAAGGGACAAAAUUACCAUCAUUCAGGAUGUAUGAAUCUCUAUUUUUGGUGUUCUUCUUUUGCUUUCUUGUGCUUAAAGAAACUGGAUUGCUAA